AUGUUCCGCAAUCGGACCAAUUCGCAAAAGCCGAAUGAUGAGCUGAUCGCGAGCUUCAAAGCCUCCUUUCCGCAGCUCGGCGUCGGGUCUCGCGCGUCCGCGGCGCCGUCGCAAAACACCACGUCUGCUCUCGACUUGGCACUUCAUCAUUUUGGCGACUCCGAGGAUGUAAAGGACCAGGAUCCCACCCCUCGCGGUGCUGAGCAAUGGCGCUUCACGCCUUCGCUCAUGGAUCCGAACAGCUUCGCCUUCGCCUCGUUCGCCAACCAGCCGCCGGGCUACUACACGCCCACGCCCGGCGGCACCAACACCAUCUACCACAACCAGGCUGGCGACCUGCACACGCCCGGCUUUACCAUGGGCCUGGGCACCCCGCUGUCCAUGCCCACGUCCGAGGGCGCUCUCCAGGCCUCCCAGUCGACUGGACCCGCAAUGCACGGCUUCCAGCCUCACCCCAUCGCGCCUCUUCCCUUCCAGAACCCGAAUCCUUUUGCCAUGCCCCAGCAGAUGUCCCAGGCCCAGUCGUUCGCGCCUCAUCAAUUCACCCAUCAGCCCGCUCCCUUCGACCCCAUGUCCCAGGCCGAGGAGCCGCAAAUGGACGGCAUACCCGUCGACAUCGAGAUGCAAGAGCGGUCACCAAUGCUCAGCUUCGCUCAAGGAUUCAGCGAGCAGCAGCGACCAAGCCUCCUCCAGCAGAACAUUGAAAACUUCCGCUGGCAUGUGACUCUGAAUGCCCCCACCGCCAUGAUCAAGCAUGCGGACGAGGUUCCGGUCACGUAUCUCAACAAAGGCCAGGCCUAUUCCAUCGCAAUCGUGGACACUUCGCCGGCUCCUCCCCAGAUUGCUAGCGUUCCCGUCAAGUACCGGACGUACAUUCGGAUCUCCUUCGAGGAUGAGCAGCAACGCCAGCGGCCAGCCGCAUGCUGGCAGCUCUGGAAGGAGGGGCGUGGCACGAACGAAGCUCACCAGCGCGGUGGUCGUCUACAAGCAGUUGAAUUCGUCGAUCCAACUCAGGUCGGAGGCGGCGACGGCUCGACACGCCCUCGGGUGGAACUGGAGUCUGCAUCUUUCGAUGGCUUUUCCGUGACCUGGACGCCGGGUGCGAGUGCCAACGGUGUCGUGGAGUGCUCAGUCGCCGUUCGCUUCAACUUCCUCUCCACAGACUUCAGCCAUUCCAAAGGUGUAAAGGGCAUUCCUGUGAGGCUGUGCGCGAAAACCGAGCAGGUCGGCUCUCAGGCACCAGGCUUGGCUGAUUCUCCCCAGCCGGAGAUCUGCUACUGCAAAGUCAAGCUUUUCCGCGAUCAUGGAGCUGAGCGCAAGCUUUCCAACGAUGUCACCCACGUCAAGAAGACAAUCGACAAGCUGAAGCAGCAGAUUGCGCAAGCAGAAUCCGGCAUGAAGGAUUUUGGCAAGAGGAAAAGGGGAUCGAUCGCGAAGGCGGGCGCGAGUGCCAACGACCGGCCUGGAAAGGUUCCCAAGCACAAGCGGACUUGGUCCAUGUCGUCUGCCAGCUCUACCGGAAACAGGCCUUCGGCGGAGGAAGACCUGCAUUUGAAGCUCGCAACGCUCCAGGACAUGUUCACGUCUACCAGACCCACGAGUAUCCUGUACUUGAAGGGCGAAGAGUUCGACGAUCCUGACCUUCACCCGGUGCAUCUUUCGGGAGAACCGCAAGACCUCACCAAGGUCGAGACGGGAGAUUCGACAAUGUGGGACGGCCAGAGCAGAAACUCUUCGAUCGUCUCACCUACGCCGAGCUCGCAGUCUGUCAAUUCGGGCGAACGUCGCAGCUCGACGUUCCAAUCCUUCCCUCCGCCGUCGCGUGUGUCCUCGAACGAAUGGCGUAACAUGUCGCAAACAGCGACCGGUGAUAUCAAUUCACUGGCUGUCCAACCAACCCUGUCCAAUAACCCAGUCAAGGUGCAGAAGGCGUCGGCGGAUGGAUCGAUUGGUGGCUGGAUUGACGCGCUUGGCGUUGAUCUUUCCUACCAGCCACCACCGGAGCGAGCUAUCAAACCCAUUGCAUGCUUCUAUGUGCAACCGAGAUUUGUCGGGCGGCCACCGGAAGACAACUACUAUCGGGCUGUGUAUCUCAUGCAGCGCACGCUCAAAGAUCUGGUCAACGGCAUUGCAAUGAAGUGCAAACUCGAGCCGACUCGGGUGGUUCGUACCAUCCGGAUCAACGCAAAGGGCCUAGCGAUCGCCCUGGACGACAGCGACGUCCUGGAAAUGCCCGAAGGCCAAGACAUGACGGCCGAGUUUCAGGAGAUUCAGGCUGACUCACCGAUGAAACGCGAAUGGGACUCGGGACCGACCGACGUGCAAGUCGACGGUGAGGUCGGCGCAACCGAGACGACGACGACGUCUGGCUACGAGCUUCGCCUUCUCUUCUGA